GAAUUAAGUUGAUCCCAACUGUAAGUCACUCACUCGGUUGGUUGGCUGGCUGGCUCUUGGCGCCCCAGUAAUUGAUGGCGUUAGAUCUUGGAGUGGUUCGCACGCAGCAGCGCUUAAUCUCCCUGCUGGCCAUAUUGAGCGUAUAGUGAGUGCGUCAGGCAGGCAGGAAGGCAGGCUGGCUGGCUGGGCGAGCAACUUCCAUGACUUCCUAGCUUCCGUCUACUUUGCACUAUUGGACAAUUUUCCACAUACUUUCGGAGGUUUUUUUUUUUGGGCCGCCUUUAUUGUUCGCUUCUUCCAAGGGUUGAAUCUGCCGCGCUGUUACGCACGCUAUGUGGUGGAUGCUGUUUCCGCGAUGGAUUUGGUUUCUUUUGGCCUAUUUGUACACUUUGGUGCUCUAUAUGGACAGGGUGGGGGCGAUGCCGAUGUCUGUGGCUAAGGUGGUGUAUUCUCACGCGGGUCUGUGCCCCAAUGAGCUCAACCCCAACCUGUGGGUGGAUGCCAUGAGCACCUGUAUCCGCGAGUGUGAAUCCGACCAGGACUGCGAGACGUUUGAGAAGUGCUGCCUCAACGUAUGCGGCAACAAGAGUUGCGUGGCGGCGCGCUACAUCGACAUCAAGGGCAACAAGGGGCCCAUCGGAAUGCCCAAAGGAGCCACCUGCGACAAGUUCAUGUGCUCCCAGCAAGGUUCCGAGUGCGACAUCUGGGACGGGCAGCCCGUGUGUAAGUGCCGGGACCGCUGCGAGCGAGAGCCCCACUUCACGUGCGCCUCUGACGGCAUGACUUACUAUAACAAGUGUUACAUGGACGCCGAGGCGUGCUCCAAGGGUAUCUCCAUCUCUGAGGUCACCUGCAGGUACCACCUGACGUGGCCGAACACCAGUCCGAUCCCGGCCGAAACAACUCUCCGCCCGACCACGGCUCUUCAGACCACCCUUCCGGCGGACAUCCAGACGCCCAGCAUACACGGCGGCCCCGGCCAGCGGCAGGCCGUGUUUGUGGGCGAGACGGCCAACUUCCUGUGCGAGGUGACCGGGAAGCCGCCCCCGGAAAUCACCUGGGAGAAGCAAGUGAAGGGCAAAGACAACGUGGUCAUGCGUCCCAAUCACGUCCAAGGCAACGUGGUGGUCACCAACAUCGGCCAACUGGUCGUUUAUAACGCGCAGCUUCAAGACGCCGGCAUCUAUACGUGCACGGCCAAAAAUGUGGGAGGAAGCGUAUCUUCUCACUUCCCUUUGGCGGUGGUCAUCAAGAGAGAGGCGAGGGGGAAAGAAGCCCGAGGAAACCAGACUAAUCUGCCUUUCCCGCCUGCAGAGUGCCUAAAAAGUCCCGACACGGACGACUGCGGAGAGGAAAGCGUCAGCUGGUACUACGAGUCCAGCCGCAACAACUGCUUCCCCUUCACUUACGGCCAGUGCGAUAAGAACCGCAACCAUUUUGACGCCUAUGAGAGCUGCAUGCUGUCAUGUGGGGGGGAGCUGGCGGCCCCUUGCAGCCUGCCCAGCCUCCAGGGGCCGUGCAAGGCCUACCAACAUCGGUGGGCCUACAGCCAGGCCCUGGACAAGUGUCAGUCUUUCGUCUACGGAGGCUGCGGCGGCAACGAGAACAACUUUGAGUCCAAAGAGGCCUGCGAAAGCAUGUGCCCCUUUCCCAAGAACCACAACUGCAAGGCGUGUAAGCCUCGAAGUAAGAUGGUGGCCAGCUUCUGCAGGAGCGACUUUGUCAUCCUGGCGCGGGUCACCGAACUGACGGAGGAGCAGGAGUCGGGUCACGCUCUCAUGACGGUGGAGGAGAUCCUGAAGGAUGACAAGAUGGGGCUCAAGUUCUUCGGCAAAGAACCCCUGGAGGUGACCCUCCUGAAUAUGGACUGGAAGUGCCCCUGCCCAAACAUCACCGUGGCGGAGAGUCAGCUCAUCGUCAUGGGGGAGGUCCACAACGGGAUGGCCGUGCUGCAGCCGGACAGCUUCGUGGGCUCCUCCAGCGCCCGCAAGGUCCGCAAGCUUGGCGAGAUCUCCGGCAAGAGGAGCUGCGCUUUAUUUAAGGAGUCGCCCGGCACCCCAUAGAGAAGCCGCCGAGCUCUCUGAUGUCGGACUGGAUCUUCUCACAGGAGCCAAUGGUGAAAUCAAAGACUGGAAAUCUCAGACAGUGUUUGGUAGAACUCAAAUGUGACCAAAUUGACAUUAGAGCCCGUCCGUCUUUAACUUUAGCCUCCUAAUGAUUCAUACGUGUUGUUCUUUCCAUAUUUUAUGCGGAUGUGACACCUCCGUUUUCUCGACCAGAAUCCAUAAGCUUUUUGGUUCCUGUCAGGUGGAAUCAUUUACAAAAUACUCGAUAUUUAUUUUUCGGAGUUAUUUCUAAUAGUAUACAGUAGACGGAACCGUACCUAUCAUUCCAUGUUAUUAUCGCUACGGAACGCCGACGAAUGAAUAAAGAUGAUUUUAAGACGGAA